AUGUCCUUCGCUAAGUUCCCUCCGCGCGCGCUGUCCUUACUCCCGACCUUACUCCCUUUACCUCACCUCGCAUUCUCAUUCGCCAUUGCAAAACAUUUCUUCGCUCUGUCCAUCAAGAGCCGCAAUGGAACUGAUGAAAUGAAGCGCUCCCUUAUCAGGCUUUGGGAAUACAUCAUCAAAACAGAUCCAACGGCACGCACAGAAGACACCAGAUCUUUACGCAUUAAAGCCAAGCCAAGCCAUUAUGAGGCGCAUUUGUAUAACUGUUUCGUGGUACAAGGAGUCCUUGGGUCACGCACUUGCUGUCGGGCAGUCUGCUUGGCAGAGGAAGCGCUUGUUCGGGUUCAAACGCUUGGCUUUAACAAGCAAGCUUUGGCAUGGGGUUGCUGA